GCAGGAUUCUAUACUUUGGUUCCUGACUUUUUCCAUGGAGAUCCUUUUGUUUCAGAUCUACCUAAUAAACCUUUCCAAGAUUGGCUCAAAAAACACCCCGCUGAAAACGCAAUUAAAGAUGCAAAUAAAAUUGUUAAAGCUUUACGAAACAAAGGAAUAAAAAAAAUUGGAGCUGCAGGUUUCUGUUGGGGAGGCAAGGUUGCGGUGGACCUCUCGAAGCCACCUUCUGUUCGAGCUGUUGUGUUGUUACAUCCCACAUACAUUAAUGUAACAGAUAUUCAGGGUGUUAAUGCUCCAAUUGCAAUUCUUGGAGGUCAGAAUGACACUCUGGUUCCACCAUCUCUUAUCAAACAAUAUGCAUCCGCUUUGAACGCAACGCAUAAGGUUGAGAGCUUUGUAAAGAUAUUUCCGGGAGUUAAACAUGGUUGGACCUUAAAGUAUAACAAUACAGUCAAAGCUGCUGUGAAGAUGGCAGAAGAGGCUCACAAGGACUUGUUGAGUUGGUUUUUGAAAGCCAUAUUUGCCAUGUUGAUCGCUAGCAGAGCGCAGAAAGAUUCUAAGUACGAUUGUUAG